AUGUCCGAUAUCUACUCAUACAGCGUCGAGCUUCCCAAAUCUUCUAUAGCCUUGUCUGACCUCAAAGACAAGACUUUGUUGUUCGUAAAUGUUGCAAGCAAAUGUGGUCUUACACCUCAAUACAAAGAUUUGCAAGCCCUCCACGAGAAAGAGGGACACAAGGGAUUGGUAAUCAUUGGAUUCCCAUGUAACCAGUUCAAAGCCCAAGAACCCGGAACAGAUGAUGAGGUACUUCAGUUCUGUCAACUCAAUUACGGUGUCACUUUCCCUAUCGCAAAGAAAGGUGAUGUCAAUGGUCCUGAAACUCAACCUAUCUGGAAAUUCUUGAAAGAGAACGCUCAACCUCCUGUUGAGACUAUUGAUUGGAACUUCUCUAAAUUCCUCGUGAAAGACGGAAAGAUCACUUGGUUCCCUGCCAGAAGUACAAAAGUUAGCGACGUCGAAGCUGCUCUUUAA